AUGAUGAAAGGAAAAGAAGUGAUACCCCUCCUCACCCCAUACAACAUGGGAAAAUUCAAUCUGUCCCACAGGAUAGUUUUGGCACCAUUAACAAGAACACGAUCCUACAACUUUGUGGCUCAACCACAUGCUGCUCUCUAUUACUCUCAAAGAACAACAAAGGGUGCCUUCUUGAUUGGGGAAGCCUCAGGGAUCUCAGACACUGCACAAGGGUAUCCAAAUACACCUGGUAUUUGGACAAAAGAGCAAGUAGAAGCAUGGAAACCAAUUGUUGAAGCUGUUCAUAAAAAAGGAGGCAUUUUCUUUUGUCAACUUUGGCAUGCAGGAAGAGUAUCCAACUAUGGUUACCAACCAGGUGGACAGCCUCCAAUCUCGAGCACAGACAAAGCACUGCAAAAGGAAGGGAACAGCAGCUCUAAGUACCCGCCUCCUCGGCGUCUUGCAACCGAUGAGAUCUCGGAUGUUGUCAAUGACUUCAAAAUGGCAGCCGAGAAUGCCAUAGAAGCCGGAUUUGAUGGAGUGGAGAUACAUGGAGCUAACGGAUACUUGCUUGAUCAAUUCCUAAAAGACAAAGUAAACGAUAGAGAUGACGCGUACGGAGGAAGCUUAGAAAAUCGUUGUCGUUUCCCGUUAGAGGUUGUUAAAGCGGUUGCUGAUGAGAUCGGAGCUGAAAAAGUCGGUGUUCGGCUCUCUCCUUUUGCUGAUUACUGUGGUUGUGGAGACUCUAACCCUCAAGCUUUGGGAAUUUACAUGGCUCAAUCAUUGAGUCAAUUAGGAAUUCUUUAUUGUCAUGUGAUUGAGCCUAGGAUGCAAACCAUGUUUGAUAAAGAUGAGACUGAUGUUUCUUUGAUGCCGAUGCGAAAGGCUUUCAAUGGAACGUUUAUUGUUGCUGGUGGAUAUGACAGGAGUGAUGGAAACAAAGUGUUGGAGAAUGAUGGUGCAGAUUUGGUUGCUUAUGGUCGACUGUUUUUGGCAAAUCCAGAUUUGCCUAGAAGAUUUGAAUUGGAUGCUGAAUUGAAUAAGGCUGAUAAGAGCACUUUUUACACCAGUGAUCCUGUUGUUGGAUAUACAGAUUAUCCAUUUCUUGAAAUAUGA